AGGAAGUCUCGCCUUCUGCCGCCGGCUGCGGGGCUGUCGGAACUCGGUGGCCGCGUUCCGUGUCGCCCCUGCCUGGCUCUCCGGUCCUCUCGGGGCUGGCGGUGACUCGCCGCUGCUGCAGCGGGCCCAGGGCGUGCGGCCUGGACUUUUCUGUGACGUCUUAAGCAUGAGCCCCACACGGUGGGACUUCCCUGUGGAAUUAUGUUGUCGGCCUAUGGCUUUUGUUACACUUACUGGCCUUGAUGUAGUUUAUAAUGCAGUGCAUCGAGCAGUCUGGGAUGCUUUCUGUGCCAAUCGGAGAGCUGAUCGGGUACCAAUUUCUUUCAAGGUGCUCCCAGGUGACCACGAAUAUCCAAAAUGUAGAUCUAAGAGAACGUCAUACGAGUGGUACAUUCCUAAAGGGAUCCUGAAGACCGGCUGGAUGAAUAAGCAUCUGAACCUGGUGCCGGCUCUGGUGGUCGUGUUCUAUGAACUGGACUGGGAUGAGCCUCAGUGGAAAGAAAAGCAGUCUGAGUGUGCGACCAGGGUGGAAAUUGUCAGACAGAGUUUGCAAGGGAGAAACACAAAGGUCGCAGUCGUCCUGAUUCAAAAGAAAGCACCUCUGCCUCCAGGAGAAGACGUCAUUGCCUCAGAGCGGGCUGCAGCUUUGUGCAAUGUGUGUGAACUCUCAGGCAAGUCUUUGUUUGUGUUGCCCCACACGGACCACCUUGUGGGCUACAUCAUAAGGUUAGAAAAUGCGUUUUAUGAACAUGCCCAGACCUAUUACUACACUGAGAUCAGAAGAGUGAAAUCCCAUAAAGAAUUUUUGAAUAAAACAACACACCAGCUCUUGUUUGUUAGGCAUCAGUUCAAAAUUGCUUUCUUCAGUGAGUUGAAACAAGACACACAGAAUGCUCUGAAGAAUUAUAGGACUGCCUAUAACCUUGUACAUGAAUUGAGAGCCCAUGAAACUAAUAUUCUGGAAAUUAAGACGAUGGCAGGAUUUAUAAACUACAAGAUUUGUAGGCUGUGUUUUCAGCACAACACCCCGUUGGAUGCAAUUGCUCAGUUUCGAAAGCACAUUGACUUGUGUAAGAAAAAGAUUGGAAGUGCAGAGCUGGCGUUUGAGCAUGCUGCGUGGAUGUCUAAACAAUUCCAGGCCUUUGGAGAUUUAUUUGAUGAAGCCAUUAAGUUGGGGUUGACAGCUAUUCAGACGCAGAACCCUGGUUUCUACUAUCAGCAGGCAGCUUACUAUGCGCAGGAGCGGAAACAGCACGCCAAAGCCCUCUGUAAUCAUGAUGCCUCUGUGAUGUACCCCAGUCCUGAUCCCUUAGAGACACAAACAGGCGUUCUUGACUUCUAUGGACAGAGACCCUGGAGGCAAGGGAUCCUAAGCUUUGAUCUUUCUGACCCCGACAAAGAGAAAGCGGGCAUUCUCGCCAUUCAGCUGAAGGAAAGAAGUGUUGUCCACUCUGAAAUAGUCAUCACUCUUCUGAGCAACGCUGUCGCACAGUUCAAGAAGUACAAGUGUCCCCGGAUGAAAAGCCACCUCAUGGUUCAAAUGGGAGAGGAGUAUUAUUAUGCCAAGGACUAUACCAAAGCUUUGAAGCUGCUGGAUUACGUCAUGUGUGACUACCGGAGUGAAGGGUGGUGGACUCUGCUCACCUCCAUAUUGACAACAGCUCUGAAGUGUUCCUACCUCAUGGCCCAGUUAAAGGAUUACAUUACUUAUUCUCUAGAGCUCCUCGGAAGAGCUUCAACUCUGAAAGAUGACCAGAAGUCUCGGAUAGAAAAGAACCUUAUGAACGUUUUAAUGAAUGAAAGCCCUGACCCUGAGCCUGACUGUGAUGCCUUAGCCGUGAAGACUGCUCAGAAGCUGUGGGCUGACCGCGUCUCCCUGGCUGGAAGCAAUGUUUUCACAAUAGGCGUACAGGACUUCGUGCCAUUUGUACAAUGCAAAGCCAAGUUUCACGCCCCGAGUUUUCAUGUGGAUGUUCCUGUUCAGUUUGAUGUUUAUCUGAAGGCUGACUGUCCACACCCCAUUAGGUUUUCCAAGCUCUGUGUCAGCUUCAAUAAUCAGGGUUACAACCAGUUCUGUAUACUGGAAGAAGCGUCCAAAGCAAGCGAAGUCUUGGAGAAUCUGACUCAAGGAAAGAUGUGCUUAGUUCCUGGAAAAACGAGGAAAUUGUCGUUCAAAUUUGUUGCAAAAACUGAAGAUGUGGGAAAGAAAAUUGAGAUUACCUCUGUGGAUCUGGUUCUGGGCAGUGAGUCAGGCCGGUGUGUGGUUUUGAGCUGGCAGGGAGGAGGAGGAGAUGCUGCGUCCUCCCAGGAAGCCCUGCAGGCUGCAAGGUCUUUCAAAAGACGACCAAAACUUCCUGACAAUGAGGUUCACUGGGACAGCAUCAUAAUCCAGGCAAGCACAAUGAUCAUUUCGAGAGUCCCAAACAUUUCUGUACAUCUGCGACAUGAGCCUCCUGCCCUAAUGAAUGAGAUGUAUUGUUUGGUUGUAACUGUUCAAUCCCAUGAAAAGUCCCAAAUCAGGGAUGUGAAGCUCACUGCUGGCUUAAAGCCAGGGCAGGAUGCCAACCUAACUCAGAAAACUCAUGUGACUCUUCACGGAGCAGAGCUGUGUGAUGAGUCCUACCCCGCCUUACUCACAGACAUUCCUGUGGGAGACUUACAUCCCGGGGAGCAGCUAGAAAAAACCGUGUAUGUUCGCUGUGGAACAGUGGGCUCCAGAAUGUUCCUUGUGUAUGUUUCUUACCUCAUCAAUACAACUGUUGAAGGAAAAGAAAUUGUUUGCAAGUGUCACAAGGAUGACACCGUAACCAUAGAAACCGUCUUUCCAUUUGAUGUUGCAGUCAGAUUCGUCUCCACAAAGUUUGAGCACCUGGAAAGAGUCUAUGCGGACAUCCCCUUCCUGCUGAUGACGGAUGUUUUAAGUGCCUCACCUUGGGCCCUCACAAUUGUGUCCAGUGAGCUGCAGCUUGCUCCAUCUAUGACUGCAAUGGAUCAUCUGGAGUCCCAAGUGGACAGAGUUGUCUUACAGACAGGAGAGAGCGCCAGUGAGUGCUUUUGUCUUCGCUGCCCGUCUGCUGGGAAUGUGGAAGGUGGCGUGGCAACCGGACAUUACAUUGUCUCUUGGAAGAGGGCCUCAGGCGUGGACAGCAUCCCAGUCAUCAGCACUGUCAUCACGCUGCCGCACGUGAUUGUCGAAAACAUCCCUCUCCACGUGAACGCAGACUUGCCCUCGUUUGGACGCGUCAGAGAGUCGCUACCUGUCAGGUAUCACUUACAGAAUAAGACUGACUUGGUUCAAGAUGUGGAAAUUUCUGUGGAGCCCAGUGAUGCCUUCAUGUUCUCAGGUCUCAAACAGAUUCGAUUACGUAUUCUGCCUGGCACCAAACAGGAAAUGCUGUAUAAUUUCUACCCUCUGAUGGCCGGGUAUCAGCAGCUACCAUCGCUCAACAUCAACUUGCUUAGAUUUCCCAGCUUCACCAACCAGCUGCUCCGGCGUUUUAUACCGACCAGCAUCUUUGUGAAGCCACAGGGGCGACUCCUGGAUGACACCUCCAUUGCUGCUGCAUGAUGCCCAGGCCCAGCCCUCGGUGUUCUGACAGAGGACCCAGCUGCCUAGGAGACCCAGUGUGACUGGUAGCUUUGAUCAUGGUGGAAGUUAAUCUUGCCUAUUUUUUAAUGGCUAUAAUACCAGCUAUUCAGAGAAAGCCAUGCUUAAGGUAUUAAGAAAAUCAUCAUCUCGUAUAGUUUAACUAAUAAACAUUUGCAAUCUGUCAGUGUGAUGUGAGAGGACGUCAGGUCAUUGCUACCGUUAGAAGUCAUGUCAUGGUCAACACGAUGUUUCCACGGGAGGUGACUUGGAUGCCCAGCAUCAGUGGAAACAGAUACCCAGCUGUGAUUGGAGAGAGGAGCGGCAUCACACCUGGCUCUGCUGGAGACAACCCAUCCCAUAAAUUCCCUGUAUGCUUAGCACAGCAAGCAUCACAGUCUGAAUGGUGUACAGACUUCCUGGGCUUUCUGUUGCUGUUCUGUUCUGUUCCAGACAGGGUUUCUCUAUGAGUCCUGGCUGUCCUGGAACUCGCUGGCUCUGUGGCUGUUGAAAGGUGCCAGUUUUUUACUUACCAUCAGAAAGUUUUGAGCUAUUCUCUCAUGUUCAUCAUUUUUAAAACAGGUUUAUAUUUCUUGAAAGGACCUGAUUAUAAACAUCAUUCCUAAACGCAUAAGUUUUUGAGAAUGACUCAAGGUCACAUUAAGAGUUCUCAGUCACUUUACAUAAUUUCAUAAGUGCUAUUUAAAAUAUCUUUAAAUUCAUGUAAAUGAGAAAAUUAUAUGGUGAAUAUUUGCUUUGUAAAAUAUUUUAAUUUAAAACUAAUUUCUUGGAAAACUUUAUUAUGUAGACUGGGCAUAUUGUAAAGGAAAUAGUGAUGUAAAUAAAUAUGUUCUCUUUCA